UCUCUCUACAACACCACAAUGGGAAAGAAGUCGUCGAGCUAUAAUUUGGAAGAACACGAAAGUGGGUUAUUUUCUUCAACCUCUAAUGUUGAAAAAAAAGUAAAACUUUUUGGAUUUGAGCUAAACCCAUCAAACAACCAUGAACUUGGAUCAAGUUGUUGCUUGAAUGGCGAAGGCGAUGAGAGUGUAAACUCUUCAACAACGGUCUGUUUUGAAAGAGCAGAGCCCAAAUUUGAGUGCCAAUAUUGUUUGAAGGAGUUUAGAAAUUCUCAAGCUUUGGGAGGCCAUCAAAAUGCCCACAAGAAAGAGAGGCUGAAGAAGAAGAAGGAGAAGAUGGAGCUUCAAGCUACAAAUGCUUCCCUCACUUAUCUUCUCUACACUCAUAAUUCUUCGCACAUUACUUUCACUCAAAACGGCGCUAAGUUUAUCCAUUUCGAUGGUUCUGCGCCGCCGCCCGACAAGGCUGUCGGUUAUGUGUCUUCCUCUUCUUCUUCUUCUUGUUUGCCUGUUUCUAAUGAUCAUAGGCGUUCUUCUAAGUCUUUGGAUCUUCACCUUGGUUUCAAUUGAUUAUGUGUUCUUAAUUUUGCUCCUAAUUUUGUAGCAAUCCAAGCACUAUGUUAAGCCAAUCAAUACAUCUCUU